UUCUUAGCCUGAUAUUCUAAUCGCAGGUCACUACAAUUCGUGGUGGGAUUUUUUUAAGUGUGUCGGGAAAUUAAAUGAGUUCUUUCUGUCGAGCGCUUGGAAUUGAUGUCGAUGGGUAAACAUUCCCUUUCCGGUUCCCUCGCCAACCCUCUUCGCCCUUAAUAGAGUUGGUACGAUGUGGGAUCAUUACACAACGUCCUUACCAAACAAAAAUGGCGGAUGGGACGUCUUUAAAGAAAGCAUCAAAAAGUGAACUGUUUUCGUGGGUAAGAAAGGCGUAAUUGACCUUAAAUGUAACUGCAACCAAAAGCAAACAAGGAAUUACAAUCAAAUUAUUUGCAUCGUGGUAUUUAGGGGGCAAACAGCUAUGGACAACUUUGUUGUGGCCACAAGAACGAUGUCUCAUUUCCGGAAAACGUCGGUGCAAGUUGUCACCUAAAAAACAGUGUUGUAGCGGCGAUAGAUGGAGGUGGAGGACAUACAGCAAUUAUCACAGGUUAUGUAACUGGAGUUUUUCAUAAGUGUUCUGAUUUUGUGAUCUGGAAAUGUUUUUUUGAGGCCAUUACCAUGUAACCUUUUAACUCCUGCACUGUAAGAGUGACCCAGCAUCUUAUUUCCCUUUACAGUGAUGCUUUUCAGUGAUUUACUAAGAUCAUGAGCGUAAAGGAAGUGAUCGCCAAGCUGUGAUUGUUGAACAACUUGUCCUUAUUAGUACCAAAUAAAAUGUAUUGGGAAGAGUGUAGAGAAUAUGGGUACUGAUGUUAGGAUGUAAAGGUUAAAGGAGCAUGAUUCCUUCAAAAGAAGACACGUCAGUUGUAUUUCAGAUCCUUUGAUGACACUUUAGAUUAAACGCCAUUUUUUCUGGAUUAUGACCAUUUAGGGAGGGAGUUUUUGAAAUCACAGGACCUGAAUCAGGUACUGUGGUAAACACCAAGUUAAGUACUGAGUUGGAUCUUUCCAUAUUCUUCUUCUUGUAGAUAAUUUUGUGCAUGUAAUUCAUCUGUAAGCAAGACGUCCACCCAUUUUCUUUGUUGUUCAAUGCAAUUUUCUCUCUCUUUCAUAGAGCGAGAGCCCACUGUGUUCCCAGCAAAUGCUGGCCUAAAAGUAACACUCUGCUCCUGUACCAUACUUUUAACUGUGCUUUGGGGUAAAUAAAUAGCAUAGUUGCAUCCAUAGUCCUUCAUGGAAAAUCACAUAUCAUAUCUUUAAGAAAGGAGAAUCUGAUGCCCAAAAAUGAGUUUGUAGUUGCACAAGUAGAUGUUAAAUCCCUAAGUCAACUUGGUCAGCUCCAGAGCAUUACUUAUCACCAUUUUUCUGAUUAGUUUUAUUUUUAUUAUUAUUUCUUGCAUCCUUUGCCUUUUGCGUUAAUUUUCAAUAAAGUCUACAAGUCCUCAGCCUCUACGUUCGCUAUGAAUGAUCAACUAAAAAGGUUCAAAGUAAAAAUGAAGGAAUGGUAAGGGGCCAGCUUUGUUGGCUUAGUUGAGUUGCGGUCAGCUAAGCAUGUUACCAGCAGAAAACAAUCAUAAUGUAAAUUUCCUUCUGGGUUGGAAACCAACUGUUUGAAGGUGCUUCUUUGUUUACUUGUUUUUAUGAUUGUGCCACGAUUGAAGGAAGUUUUGCAUGGAUUGAAAUGUCCUUGUGUGAUUUUUCCUUCCUGUAAGAUAAAAUCUGUGGCUGGUUAAAGAUAUGUGUAAGUCUAGGCUGCUGUUGAAUGGUGUGCCAGUUUUUCAUGAGAACCUUUUUAAGAUUUGAUAUGGCUGUAUUAUAAGUGGUAACAAAUGGUAAAAUUUCUUUCACCUUCUUUGUUUUGUUAUGAAGGGUCUUUGUUGUGAUGGAGAACUGAACUUCAGAAAGGAUUUUAUGAACAAGCGUCAUAGGAUAGCCUCUGUUACAGAGUCUUUGUUGAAGAUCUUGUUUGUGUUUGUCAAAAUUCUCCUUACUAAGUUGGUUCUUAAAAGACUUAGUGCUUCUCCUUUGAUAAAACCCCUUUUCAUAUUAAAAGGGUGGCAGGAUGAGAAGUGUGUACACUGAAAAGUUUCAGUGGGUUUACAGUGGGAUUGUGAAUUGAGAAUUUUAAGAGUUGAAAAAUGGGGUCCUUUGAAUAUCUCUGUGUCAAGAAAAACAUUUCACCAUUUGUGUGACAUUUCUAUCUACCUACCUUCAAUAAAAUGACAAGGUUAUGCUUAAUCUCAUCCAAUAAUUGUUUUAAAUUAUUUUCAGACAAGGGCAAGCUGUUCAUGUGUGGUUGGAAUAACAAAGGUCAGCUGGGACUUGGUGAUACAGAAGAUCGUCAAAUUUUGUGCCACGUUCAAGGUCUCAGUUGUGUCAAAACAGUUUCAUGUGGAUGGAAUCAUACCUUAGCUGUUACUGGUAACACUGAGUUUUAAAUUUGCUUUAAGUACAUUGCACAGCACAUUUAACUUGUUUAGCUUGAUGACUCCCAAACAAUAAAUGCUUCUCUUUUUCAAUUAGAUCAUUGCUGUUUGUGCAUUACAAAUUUAUUCACAUGCUAUCAAAAUAUAUCUCAUAUUUAACAUUUUUUGAGUAUUUUUUCUUGUAACUCAAUCACAAUAUAUUUGUUGAGACACUCUACCUUCACCUUUCUCAAUUCAAGUGCUUAUGAUAUCCAUGUCUGUGUUACCUAACUUUUAUGGAAGUUCCAUACCUCCAAAAAUCAAUGGUUGUAUAAUGAGGACCUCUGAACUUUGCUCAAGUCUUCCAAAGAUGAAUGCCAAAGGUUGCUGAAAGAAUCAAUGUGUUAAAAACAAGACUGCUUUUCUCAUGGCUGUGCACUCAGCUCUUCAAUCAGUUUAAAUUUGGUUUUAUCCUCACUCAAUUUAUUUUUUCAGAUGCCGGUUUGUUUGUUUGGGGCUCAAAUGCAUUUGGACAACUAGGUAUAGAAAAACUUGGUGGUCACAUGACCACACCUGCAAAAUCUCAGGUAUUCACAAUUGUGUGAAUGUUCUUUUUUGUUUUUAAUUUUAUAUUGAACUCUACAUCAAAGAUAACAUACAACGCAUAUCUUUUGUCUUUUAUGUUCUUUUCAAAAAUUGCUUUUUAAGUCCAUAAGCUUGACAAAAAUUGAAUUUCCUAUUCUUCUUUCUAACUCUUAAAAGUACUGAGGGAUGUAUUUUUGGUCAUGGUAACUCACAACUGGCUGGUGAGACUGGUCCAUUCAAAAUGGAAUCACUGUCAGAACCUAUUAAUUCAGAUCAGCUGAUUCUGAAAUUUUGAUCCACUUCUGAUGGAGUUUUAGCAGAGGGGUAUCCAGUCAACUCGCCGACGGACCAACUCGCUGACGCCAACUCGCCGACGUAUAAAAUCGAGUAGAGACGUCAGUGAGUUGGUCCUCAAUCCAAUACAACUUAUUAGAAGUUAAACAUACAGAAAAGUAAACGAUAUUUAGUAAAAAAACACUGGUGAACAUUGGUGAACAUCAAACAGAAGCUUAAACAUUGGUGAACAUUGGUGAACAUCACCAAUGACUAUAACAGCUUAAGACACGAACGAGUUAUUGUGUGACAACAACAACGUAAAGACUCAUCAUGUCAAUCGCUCAGAUUUUUUAAAGAAAACUUGGCUUUCUAGAUAAGAUCUUUAGUAAAAAGCAAUUCUUUUUAUUUGCAACAAAGUUUAUAAGGAUCUCAAGGCGAAUAAGGCAAGGUAAACAUCGCCAAUGACUAUAUCUGCUUCAGAUGCGAAUGAGAUAAUUAUUGAGUUGGACUGUCGGCAAGUUGACUGUAAUUCAGGUGAGGUUUGGAAAAAAUUUAACUUCAAGGCUAGUUAUACUUGAUUUCACCAGUCAAGUUACUAAGUGCAGAAAACAAACAUCUUCCCAAAAAUUUCUAUCAAAAACUCAUUUAGCAUUACACUGUAGCUAACUGAUUCACACUUUACUCCUAGAUAAGUGACUGAUUAUGGAGCUUACAGUAAUUCAGAUGUUAGAAAUUACAGAUAUUCAAAGUGAAAUUUGGAAUACUAUUGAUCAAGAAGAUGCUUUCCAUCACAAAUUUUAAAAAAAUGUGACAAAAAAAUCAUCCCUUGUGCUAAUGAAAUGUUGCUUAAAAGGGCUUAAGCUUUCAGUCAUAAAUUUUUUCACACUUUCAACAAAAGAUUAGGAGAACAAAAAAAGAAAUUUGCUGUAUUUUGUUUGCAUAUACUCUUGCACAAUACUGCAUUUAUGCGGUUAAAAUAUAUCAACAACCCUGUCCAGAAAAUAGUUGUUUUCUUGAUUUCCCAAUGCCAUGUUUGUUCAGUCAGCAACUCAAUCACUUCCAACAAUGUAGUGGAAUUCUUCUUUCUUUUUCUUCUUUAUCUACUCUCUAGUAGUAUUUCACAUAUGAAGAAGUCAUCAGUACUGCAGCAGGACUAAGGCAUUCUCUGGUUGCUUUGGGUGAGUCAGACAAAGCUUUACAGAAGAAAUAUAUUGCAGAAAGUGUAUUUUUUAUUUUGCCUCUGAGGUUCAAAGGAACAACAGAAUCUUUUUUAAGAUUGACUGAAUAUGUACUAAAAAUAGGAUUUUGACAGAGACGUUUUGUAAAAAAGUCACAAACCUUGCCAGUCGUGCAUAAUGUCCUAGGUUUGGUUACACACUUCAUUUUAGCUCAAGCUCUGGUGCAGUUUGAAUUUUCCAGUACAACCAUGUUGUGAACUUAAGUCUGUUACACUACAGUUUAACUGCCAGAUUAUUGAGCAAUGUAACAGUUUCCAUAGGCAAAGUAAGGGUACACUUUCAAAUCUCAAAAUUCAGUCACUAAAAUAAUUUCCUGUACACUUUUUGACAACAGGGAUAAAAAUUAACCAGCUUUUAGAGUAUACUUCUCAUUUAAGGAUUUCACCAGAUUAAGGGUAGACUGCGUUACAACCCUAAUGGUGCAGCUUUUGUUCCAAGAACAUUAUAAAAAUUUGUCUUUAAAAAUUCAUCUACAGAGUAGCCUUUCCUCCCUGUACCCAAUCUUUUCUCACUGAAUUCAGUUUGUUUAUGUGGGAUGGACUGGUUGCCAAAAUCUGAUGAACACAACUGGUGAAUUUAUUUACUGUUCACACCAAAACUGCAUGACAUUCUUAUUGUUGUCUUUCAGUGUGCUUCAGUUUCUUGUCAUUAAAACUUUUUGUAAUAGAAGUAUUGUAUGCAUUUUUUGGACACACCAUACUUAAGUUUGCUGGGAAAACCCUUAUUUUAAACUCCUGCUACCUCAACCAACUUUUACUGCCCUUGGUAUUCAAGAUGAUGGGGUCUACACAAUUGUCUUUUGGAUUCUGUCAGCUGUUAAUUACUUAUGCAUUUAAUUAACAGCUGACAGAACCUUGUGCAUCAUAUUGUACAUGUCGUGAGACAUUUACAAUAUUGUGUUUUGAAAAUUUAAGUCUUAGACAAGUAUCACUUGCUAUAACCCUUCACUUCCCUUACAGCUACCAUACACUCCCUUGUGCAUUGUUUAAGAGAACCCUGUUAUAUCAGGAAGAUACCCUCAGAGCUGAUAAUUUUAUCCCUCACCACAUAUUUACUAGAUCAUUCAUUGAUAUUGAAAAGAGAAGUUUAUUGGAAGUGGUUCAUUGCACACCAUACAAUCUCACUGUUGACAUCUCCAAAUCAGUAAUGUUUUUUCUUCAUCUUUUACAUAAGCUAAUGGAUCUGUGUGGUCUUGGGGAGCAAAUAAGAAGGGACAGCUUGGCAUUGGGAAAACUGGUGGCAAUUGUUCAACUCCACAACAGGGUUGGUGUAAUAUUUUUGACUGUGAUAUUUUUCUAGUGCUGAAACAUCAUGAAAUCUCUUUACAGAGGGUGUAUAUCAGCACUGUGGUAUUAAUAGUUCUUCAAACUUGCAUAUAGUCUUGUUCUCAGAUGGUCAGCAGAUAAUUGAAGUUGUGGCAGGAGCAUACCAUUCAGCAGUAUUAACAAGUAAGAGUUUAUGAAAGUUAUUUUUUUAUUGUGUUGAUCUCUUUUGAAAACUUCACUUAGCCAUUGUCGUUAGAAGAAUUUUUACAAUUUUUUUCAGAUUGUUCAGUUUUUUUUCUCAUUUACAUGUGUGUCGAUAUGUUUGAAAAUUACAAAGAGUAACAAAUUGAUCUUUGUGGGAAAACUGUAAUUUAAGAUAUUGCUGUUGGACAGUUUUCUAUUGAGUGUCAAAAAACCAAAAUGAAAGUAAUCAAAACCACCAAUUAGAACAAAGAUUAGCAUCAUGAACCAAUUUGAACUCAAAGUAUAGGGCAGGAAACCUGCUUGAAGUGCUGGAAAACACAGCUGACCAAGUUUUGAAUUUUGAAAGAUUAGCAUCAUGAACCAAUUUGAACUCAAAGUAUAGGGCAGGAAACCUGCUUGAAAUGCUGGAAAACACAACUGACCAAGUUUUGAAUUUUAGUUGUUCAGACAGUCGUGCAGGUUUUCUGGACCAAUCACACAGCAUAGUAAAGUGAAACCAAAGCAGACCAGGAUCACUUUUGACUGCUCAAUUGAAAAUUGUUCUAAAUGUAGAGAAAAAAAGGGGUAUCCUGAUAUGGCUUCCCUCCCCUCCCCAAAGUACUGCUUCAGCUUUACUGCCAUGAGGUGACAUGUUGUGAAUGAGGAUAGUUCAAUGUGAUGGUAAAUCUCAAUAUGCUCAGCUUCAGGUCAUGUCUUCUGUUGGGGCUCAAAUCAACAUGGACAGUGUGGCAAACCUCCAGAUAUCCAUUCAACUGAACAUCAAAUAUUUAUUAAACCACAGCUGAUUGGUGGAUUAUUAACAAGUGUUACUGUUACACAAGUCCACACAGGCUGGAGCCACCUGCUGGCUGUCACAGGUAACUUUGCCAUCCCUUGAAUGAAAAUAUUUGUCAAGUAUUAUUUUAAGAAUGAACAUAAGAUAUAAGAUGAUAAAUAUUCAACAGGAAGUAUACAUGUAGAUUGAUAUUGGCAAUAACAAAUCUUAUGCCCUAAUAGCAUGAAUAAAAUUUGGUUAUGGUACUAAUUGUACUUUGCAUACUGUUGGGAAAGCCUGAAAAUAGAAAUUUCAAUUUUAAUUUUUCAAAGCAAAACCAUCUGAUGUUCAUGCAACUCUUGAACACCAGAAUGGUAAACUAAGUGCAAGAUGCACCAUUUUGCAAACACUGUUGAUUGAAUACAAGUUAGUUGUCAUUGGGAACAUAGUGAUAAAUCUCUCAUGUUAAUCCAGAUGGAUAGGGCUACAGCUAUAUGUAGGGGGAAAGCCAUUAGAUGCCUUAAAUUUUAUCAGCUUCACAGUUUUACCAUACUUUUGAUGCUUCAUUUAUUCAGUUCAUGCACAGUUUCAUUAAUUUGAUAUGUGUUCCUACAGAAGACAUUAAAGUGUUUUCAUGGGGCCGUGCUGAUUAUGGUCAGUUAGGUUUGGGUGAUGAUGUGGUACAACUCGGCUUUAGUAGCGAACCAGCAGAGGUUGUUCAUGUCAAGGGAGCAAAUCAGGUAUAGCAUUUACUAGUUGACUAAAAACCUUUAAAACUAUAGUUUUUAAUAGAAUAUCUAGCUGUAUACAGAAAACUUAAGUACUUAAACUGCUGUGUCCUACAAAGGAUCACAAUACUUCUUCUCUCUGUAGUUUUGAGAGCAAAAGCUAAAUGUACUUACAGUAGGACAAAGACAGACAGACAGAUAAACAGAAAGAUAGAAAAAGAAGUUUAUUUACCUUUUAGUAUUGUAAAUCAUACAUUUGUGGUUUUCUGAGGUGGUAGAAUACAAAGCUCCACUGUAAAAACUGUAAGCAUUCUGAUUGCCCUAUCUGCUACAUUUAGGUUUUGUGUGGUGCUGAACACAACAUGGCUCUUUUAGGUAAGUAACAAAUUGACAUCGUAUCUGCACAUCUUUCCUUAAUGAAGCAAUGUUGUCCAUGUCUGGCGCUAAGUUUGAAAAAACCCUCUGAAUACUGAAUACUAAUGAUAAUUCUUUCUUUGGGGAGGGUGGUGUUAGCUGACUUUUCAAUCACUGGUGUGUGAUCCAUUGAUAUUGUAGGAAGGCAUAUAGUAUGAUACCUUUGGUAAGGUAUAAGUGUCAGUUACAUGAUAUACUGAUCACAAGUUUACUCGUCUUUUAAAAUUUGUGUACAAACAUUGAAUUCUUCUAUUCUUAGAUUCUGGUUCAGUCAUGACUUGGGGUUGGAAUGAGCAUGGAAUUUGUGGUAGUGAAGAUGAAACUCGAAAUGUUCAUCAACCAAGUGUGGUUUCUAAGCUGCAUGAUUAUAUCGCCUCUUUAAUUGGAUGUGGAGGAGGACACAGUUUUGCUAUUGUUAAGGGAUAGCAAUUUACCCACAGCUUAGAAGGAAGGUAUGGUCAUUGUUACACACAAUCUUGAAGAUGUGGUGACCAGUACCAGUACCCGGUUUAGUACUGGCUGAGGUUGAUUUGGUGGAUUGGAUUUCUGCUGGUUGGAAGCACCAAGUUUAAAACAGAUCUUGUCAGUCAGUCAAUUUCCUAUGAACAAAGUAAGGCCAUCCACGUUUUAACCUUCACUUGAAACAUGGCCCUUAACAAGUAGUCAUUUUAACAAUUGGAAAGUGCUUUACUGGCCAUUGCCAGCGUAAUGAGAGAGGGUCAAGUGAGGGGGUAUGUGAGGAUCCUCUGCCGAGAGUAGGAAAAUUUUGACUGUUGGAUUGAGGUGCCCGUGAUUGGUGUUCCUAUGUUUGUAUAAAUAGUACUUUCUUGGUUGGAUUUUUGUGCAGAGCUUAAUAAUAUAGACAUUAUAAAAAGAAACACUGCUUCGGCAAAGCCGUUACAAACACAUUUGGUGGUAUUAUUAUACAUUCAACCCACUAUCUAUUUUCUGAUUGGCCGAAAGCGUACUGUGAUUUUUCGAAAUCAGCGCCAAGGACCUCAUCUAGCUGCAGAUUAUACAAUAAUCAUUUCAAGGACACUCGAGGUCACGGGUAAUCAUGUCAUGUAUGACCGUGGUGCAUGAUUUCUAGGGGUAAUCAUGUUAAGUUGGCACGCUUUGUGUUGCUUGCUGAUUUGUAUAUUUUUACACGUUUAGAACUGAAUUAUCAGUUCCACUUAUUGUUGUGAUUAUUCUUUUUCCGUUC